CUCAUCUGUCGUCAUAUGCAGGAGAAGUUCAUAACCUCUGCUUGAGUCUAUGGGAGGGGCUCCGUGAUGCUGAGGCUGCUAAUGGAUUGUUGGAAAGUUCAUACAUGAAGAGCGUUUGGACGUUUGGAAUAUUUUUGAUCUGAUCACUCUGGAGUUCUUUGGUGUUGCAGCUUGAUCAGUUUUCACUGUGGUUGACCUUAAAUUUUCGAAUGUCUUCUUGAAGCAAGUGAAGUUGUUUGUUUCUUUGGAAAUCACAACAGGACUUUACUUGGAGUAUCUCUGUCUGAUUCAUUCAGAUGUGACCUUCAGCACCAUAAGAGUGAAAUACUAAGAUACUCUGGGGAAUUACAGAUAAAACAGUCGGCUAUAAGAGUGAAGGCCUUUUUUUCUCAUCCUCAUAGUGGACUGUGUGUUGACUGGAAAACCUGACUGAGAAGCCCCUCAAAAAGAUUCGGUGAAUCAUCACCCUUAAACCUCCUCACCAUGGAGCACUCCCCCUCUAUGAACUUGUCGGUGGUGGAUGGAGAUGAGGUGGAGGACCAGCGCCCCCUCCUCCCACUAAGGAUGGUUCCUCCGCCUCAGGCCUGCUCUCCGCAGUGUGGGAUACACCACACAGUCCAAACAUCAGCUGACCACACUGUGUGGCUGGACAGAACCCAAGCCAUGGCCACCUCACCUUUAUACAACGGCCAACUUUAUGUCGCAUCGUCACCUCGCUCCAAUAGGAGACGAGACAAAGCCAAAGGCAAAGAGAAGAAGUGUGAGAAAAGGUCAGGGUGUAGUAAACAAAACAAGGAGCGAAAUCACCAGUGCAAAGCCAAAAACACAGGAUCUCACAGACUGCAGGAGAAAGUCACCUCUUUCACUGACAUCCCCAUUUCUCCCUGCGGGUCACCCUUCCAGGGCCCCUGCAGGUCAUUUGUAGACGUCCAGGAUGUUGAGGGCAGAGGACGCUGCAGGCCAGGGAUCGUCUCCUUGGAGAUGCACGACCGCCAGAGUCUCCCAGAGAUCAUCAUCACCAGCAAAGAUGACGACCCUCAGCCACACAACGAGACCUCACAGUAUCAUCAGGACCUGCCUGAGGCCAAAGGCCUGCUGCCGGGAGCAGAGUGUCCCAGUCCAAACCCCGGUCCUAGUCCUCAGCUGAGUCCGAAACACAAGGUAGACGGCAAGGACGACAACUACUGGAAGACCCACAGCAUCGGCUGGCGGCUGCUCCGUAGGAGAUCUAUGUUCCUGAGGAGGCAGCGGCUGAGCGACUGCGCCCUGGCAGUCGGGAUAUUCGGGGUGGUGAUGAUGGUGAUGGAGACAGAGCUCUCCUGGAGCGUCUACAGCAAGAGCUCCAUCUACUCCCUCGCACUCAAGUCCAUCAUCAGUUUUUCUACGAUCAUCCUGGUCGGCCUCAUCAUAGCGUACCACUGCUGUGAGGUGCAGCUCUAUGUUCACGACAUUGGUGCAGAGGAUUGGCGGAUUGCCAUGACAACCGAACGUGUGGCUCUGAUAGCCCUGGAGCUGGCGGCGGUGGCCAUCCAUCCCUAUCCGGUGGGUCUGCUGGCGUACUUCCAGCACACCACGUCUCGCUUGUCGCUGUCAGAGACGGAGCUGGAGAUCAUCCUGGCUCUGCCCAUGUUCCUCAGACUCUACCUGCUGGGCCGGGCCAUGAUGCUGCACAGUCGCCUCUUCACUGACACCGCAUCCCGCAGCAUCGGAGCGCUCAACAAGAUACACUUCAACACCCGGUUUGUGGGGAAAACACUAAUGACCAACUACCCCGGCACUGUGCUGAUGAUUUUCAGUGUUUCUCUGUGGAUUGUUGCAGCGUGGGGCUUACACGUUUGUGAGAGACACCACAACUACAGAGACCUCAGCAGCAACUACAUGGAGGCCUUGUGGAUGGUGUCCGUCACCUUUUUGUCCAUUGGUUAUGGGGACGUGGUGCCUCACACCUACUGCGGACGCAGCAUCUGCCUCCUUACUGGUAUAAUGGGAGCAGGCUGCACAGUCCUGGUGGUGGCGGUGGUUGCCAGGAAGCUGGAGUUGACCAGAGCAGAGAAACAUGUUCACAACUUUAUGAUGGACUCCCACAUCUCCAAGAGGAUAAAAAUUGCUGCAGCAAAUGUGCUGAGGGAGACUUGGCUUAUCUACAAACACACUAAGCUGUCAAGAGAAAGAGAUCACACCAGAGUCCGCAUGCACCAGAGGAAGUUACUUCUGGCCAUCCACCAGUUGCGUCGUGUAAAGAUGGAGAAGAGGGUACUUGCAGACCAGGGGAACACACUAGUGGACCUCUGCAAGAUGCAGAACCUGAUGUAUGACGUGCUGUCGGAGGUGCAGGGCUGCAGGGGGGAGCUGGACUCGCACAUCCGCUGCCUGGAGAAGCACGUGGAGGAGCUGAGGGAGGGCUUCAAAAGCCUGAUGCCGCUCCUGUCCAGCACCCUGUCCACGCAGAACUCCUCCAUCCGCCACCUGCUCAGGGAGAGGGAGGUGAAGACAGAGGCCGCUAGUGUGAGUGGAGGUGACAGGUAGAGAGAGGCUGAGGAAGGUGAUGGAGAAAGUGAGGGCCUCCUAAGGUGCUCCAGGAGGAUUUAUCUGCUUGUAGUGCAGCUAAAAUGAUUUUUCUUUUUGGAGGUGGACAGACAGGUGUGAUUAGCGAAGUGAAGGCUGUACAGAUGUAAUGUAAAAUUGUAUUAAAAAAUAGCUAGACCAUUUCCUGUAGCAUAAACACCAUUCAACAGAAAUGUAGUUUAGCCAUAAUUGACUUUUCAUUCUGACUUUUGAAUCUCUCCUGGACUGACAAAUAAAAAAAUGACCAAACUGAACAUUUAACCGAUAAACCGUUUACAAAAGAUUCCAGGUUACACGAUAGUAAACUGAAUAUUUGAGUUUUGGACAGUUGGUCAGACAUCAACUUGUGAUGGACAUUUUUUCAGUGUUUUAAGUUUUAUAGAGCAACUGAUAAUUCAUUAAUGGAGAAAAAAAAGUGUUAAUCAAUACAAGUGAUUGUUAGUUGCAGCCCUCUUUAAAACAUAACUACCAAAUAUUAAAGCUGGAGUGUGAUUACUCCACUGUCUGCGAGAAGCUUUAUCUCUAAACACUGCACUUUUUUCUGAUUCAAUAAAAACUGCAGAAAUUUAAAUUCAGUCUGGUUUUGUAAAAUAAAGAUGCAGAGUUAUGGUGUCCUCAUAAUUCUGUAUUCUACACCUGUAGUACUUUCUAAUAAAGAUGAUACGUCCACUGCCUUUGUCUCACA